AUGCGUUCAUGUGCAUUCGUGCGUUCACGCAUUCAGGCAUUCAUGUGCAUUCGUGCGUUCAUGUGCGUUCAUGCGUUCACGCGCUCAUGUGCAUUCAUAUGCAUUCGUGCGUUCACGCACUCAUAUGCACUCAUGCAUUCAUGCAUGCAUGCACUCAUAUGCAUUCACGCAUUCAUAUGCGUUCACGCAUUCAUGCAUUCAUAUGCAUUCAUGCAUCGACGCACUCAUGCAUUCAUGCGUUCAUGCAUCGAUGCAUUCAUGCUCGAUGCAUUCAUGCAUUCACGCAUCGAUGCAUUCACGCAUUCACGCGUUCACGCAUCGACGCAUUCACGCACUCACGGCUUCACGCGUGAGUGCAUGAAUGCAUGA